GACAUCACGCGAUGUUUUGUAUGUGCUAUGGCGUACCAGGAAGGGGAGUCGCUUGAAUCUUGGCUCAGUGAGUGAUUAAUCCCGUUUUAUGAAUUAAAUAAGAUGGUUAAUUAAUUUGAUGGGUUUCUCGGGGCGGUGGGCGGUAAAUCCCAUCAGUGCAGGCGCUGUCAGGGGCGUUUUUAGAGGGAUGUAGAUCCAACAGAGGGUCCUGGGUGAGAGCUGAGGGUCUGCAUCAUUUACAGGAAGGUGGAGAGAGCUUAAAACCCACACAGAGAGGACAAUAUUUACCACAUUUACAGCUCUGAAUGUUGAAGCUGUGCUCUUUGUUGUCUCUCUGUGGAGUUUAUUUCAAUUUAUUAUUGAAUGUUGACUGUGACUGUCUGUGAGAUCUGCAGCAGUUUGACUCUGAGGGAGGAUGGAAACAAUCACUGCACUGUUGAGACUCAUGUGGACUCUCUACAGGAUGGGUUUGCAGUGGAUGUUACAGCCAACUGUAACAAAAGACAACAGUAAAAACUCAGAUUGCACCAAUCUGGACCUUGAACCUUAAACCUCACCCCUCUGUUUUAUUUAGUGCAUUCAUUAACUCGUUUUAUGGGUGUGACUGAUAAUUUUCCAAAAACCAUCCAUGUAAUUUAAGUUAUAAUGUCCCUUUACAUAAACUGAGGCUAAUGUUUCAUGUAUUUUUGACUCUAAUACUGCUUUGAGAGUAUUUUUAUGGAGAGCACAGAGAAGAAAUACCAUCAGACAAAUUGCAUCCAAACAGUGCAAGAGAUUUUGUGACGUUGUACUAAAAGUUCUGACACUGAAAUGAUAUUAUCUCUAAGUAAACGUGGUUGAAAAUCUGUUUAAAUAAAAGUGAAAAGUACUUAAAGCUCCUGCAAUGAGUUUUUCAACAUUAAUUAAAUAGGCUGAAUUUCAUAUUGAUGUUGUUUCAUGAUCUUAAAAAGCAAACAAGACUAGCAGCAGCUAGAUAAAUCAUUUCUCAUCCUAAAUUCUGAAAGGGAUAUUCCAGCGUAAAAUUAAUUUAGGGUCAAACACACCUUAACACCCCCUCCAGAGAUGAAUUUUGCGGUUGAGGUUUGUUUAUGGCUCCUCUGACCACUGUGUAUUGCUAUCCUGCGGUAGUUACUAAAGUUGGUAAAACUAGAGAAGCAAGCGGUCGGCAACAUUCAUCUCUCUUGGGGGUGUCUAAACUCUGUGUUACGGUGUGUUUGACCUUUAAUUAAUUUUACGCUGGAAUAUCCCUUUAAUUCAAGACAAAGUUAUAUAACUUCAUUAUAUUCUAUAUUUCGAGACCAAAGUGAUAGUUUUUUGCAAGAGAUUUAAAAUAAAAUCCCCAAAUCGAUUCAAAGCCAGUCGAUGUUUGUUUCUUGCAGAUAAAGCCACCCAUCCGACAAACAGACAGGAGGACUGGGAGUAUAUUAUAGGUUUCUGUGAUCAGAUCAACAAGGAGCUCGAAGGGUAGGUCUGCAAAAAGCACACAAACAGUCAUCUGAAAAUGUGGCACCCUCAGAGAAAAAGCCUCUCAUCAGGGAUUUCCUCUUGCAGUCCUCAGAUCGCUGUAUCUCUGCUCGUCCAUAAGAUCCACUCUCCUCAAGAAUGGGAGGCUCUGCAGGCUCUGACGGUGAGAGAUCUUUAGAGUAACCUUAAACCUGUUUUCUCAAACACUUUUGGUUAAUGAUAAUGCUUUUGUGUGCAGGUGUUGGAGGCGUGUAUGAAGAACUGCGGGAGAAGGUUUCAUAAUGAAGUUGGAAAAUACAGAUUUUUAAAUGAGCUGAUUAAAGUUGUUUCUCCGAAGGUGAGCAGUCUCAGAAUAACUCAUGUGUCUCAUCACAUGUCCUGCAGCUGUAUCUCUCAUGAAUCACCUCUUGUUCUCAGUACAUGGGUGACACUGCUCCUGAGAAGGUGAGGCUGAAGAUUGUGGAGAUGCUCUACAGCUGGACGGUGGCUUUUCCAAGCGAGGUCAAGAUCAGCGAAGCUUACCAGACGCUGAGGAGAGAGGGUGUGUUGAGAUGAGUGGAAUAAUGCAGGUGAUGAGGAGAGUUUUAUUUUUUAUUUUUUAUUAAACUCAUUAAUGUGGUCCUCUUUCUCCUCAGGCCUCGUGACUUCUGACCCGGAGAUACCGCUGGACAGGACGCUGAUUCCUUCUCCUCCAACUCGACCAAAACAUCCGGUGUUUGACAACGAGGACAUGGGCAAGGUGAGGCAGCAACUGUUACAGUCAUUACUCAUUAAUCUGCUUAUAUUCUAACAUGUUUGAGGUCUUCUGGAUGAACGGAUAAAACAGGCUUGUCAGAUUACUUAAAACCUCAAAGUCAUGUCUGAAUUUGAUUUUUUUGUCCAACUUUCUGUCCGGAAUUGAAAAACUGUGAUUUUUUUUUUAUUGAAGAUUGGACAGAAAAGUCAGUUUGCCCUCGAAUAUAAAGCCAGCACCAUUGAGUUGAUUUGGUUUUUAGUGAAAAUGACUAACCAGGUAUCAAAAUAUUUGGAAAUAUAGCUUCUUAAUUUGUCUUACUAUCAUUAAACCAAACAGAAGUAACUCUAGUUUUUAGUUUUAGCUCUUAAAGGUAUAAAUUUACCACAAAAUGAAGACUAACAUUACAAAACAGAGUUUCAGAAUUUUUCAUCUUCUGUUUUUUAUUGAAUUAUGCUUUUCUACUAUCAUAGAUACAAACUGAUGGGGUUUUUUGUUUGUGUGCCUGCGUGUUUAGCUGCUUGCUGAGCUUCUGCGAAGUAAAAACCCAGAAGACCUGCAGGAGGCCAACAGACUGAUCAAAAACAUGGUGAAAGAGGUGAGACAUUUCCACACUGUGAGACUUAAAAACUAGAUUUAAUAUGAUGUAUUUUUAAUACAGGAGAAUAUGUAUUUUCAUCCUUGUUGUGUUGUCAGGAUGAGGCUCGAGUGCAGAAAGUCACAAAGCGAAUGAACACUCUGGAGGAGGUGAACAUCAACGUGAAGCUGCUGGCGGAGAUGCUGACUCACUAUAACAGAGACAGCUCCACAGACUCAGACAAGGAGAUCAUUAAGGUGUGUCUCUGAAUAGUAACACACUCACACACACACUCCAAAUCACAAAUAUGAUCGACUUUAACCAGCCCUUCAAUCCACGAGGAAGAAAAAGUGGUGGAAUAUUUACCAUCUGUUCACAUUUCAUUCAUAAAUUGUGUGAAUUCAGUCGAGUUUGUGGUUGUUUGAAGUCUGAUUGGUUGAAAUUUGACUUGAAUCACCACAUGAAAAAAUGCAAAUCAGACCAUCAGGUUUAAUGUUUAAAGGAAUAAAAAGCUUGUUUUCUUUGUCUUUGCUCCCUGAAGGUAAGAUCUGAGUCCAACAUUCGUGGUUCGCUCUCUUCAUAUGUAAAAAAAGAUCAGUUUUUAUGUCUCGCAUUUGCCUGAAAAUUAAGAAUUUAUACGUUUUUAAGGAGUUUGAUGUGGAUCUGGUGUUUUAAUUUGAUGAUAUCCACACAUGGCGACAAAAAUGAACCAGUUCAGACACCGUCUUUGUACAGGAACUGUACGAGCGCUGUGACAAGCUGAGGCGCGCUGCUUUCAAAAUGGCCACAGAGUCGGAGGACAACGACACCAGCUUAGGUUUGUGUUGUUUUCAUCUCUGUCUUCACAUUUUGAAUAUUUUCUUGCGAUUAAGUUGUAUAACUUUGACCUUUGACCCAUUAGGUGACAUCCUGCAGGCCAGUGACGACCUCUCCAGGGUCAUCAACUCCUAUAAGAAGAUCGUGGAAGGGCUGACCAUGAAUGGGGACAAUGAGGAGCCGCCGUUGACAGCAGGUCAAAGUGAGAGCGGUGAGACGAGUUUGAGAAUGACGCAGGUUUGAGAAGUUCAAGAUGAAAUAUGUCGGGACUUUUAUGAGCCGUGAUUUCUCUUUGUCGCGCAGCAGACACCACAGAUACCCUCAUCGACCUCGCUGGUCUCGACUCCCCGAGUCCUCCUCAACCUGCAGCCCCUCCCUCCUUCACCAACGCCGUCCUCGCCAAUCCCACAGCCUCCCCCAUACCUGUGCUGCCUCCUCCUCCGAAGCACCUGCUCGGGUCCGGUGGCAGUCAAAGCAGCAGCCCGAGUCACCCCGCCCUCGAUAAGACCUCCACUGCGUUCUCGCUGCUGGAUGACGAGCUGCUGUCUCUGGGUACGAUUACAGAGUCAAAGGGUUUCUCUGACACUGUUGUUAAAAUCCACUAACCACAAAUACCUGCUUCUUUUUCCAGGACUGAACGACGCCCCUACCUCAACCAGCAGCCAAUCAAAACCCAAACUACACGAACUCUCCACUCAGUGGACUUCCCUGCAGGUAAAUAUCUCUGAGUUUGGACCCUCUUGGACCUCAGCUUGAUUGUUAAGUGUCUAACAGCAGAAGAUAAAAUCACUUCGUCCCCUCUCCUCUCCUCUCCUGCAGGCUCCAGCUCCAAGUGUGGAUAUUUUUGGGAGUGUACCUUGUUCAGGUCCGUCGGUGCCCCUCGCUGAACAAACUGCUGCGACACACAGUCUGCAGAACCUGCAGGACCUGGCCAUGAGGGGCUUUCCAGACCAUAAGAGGUACGGUCACCUGCAGCUGUUUCCCACAUUUUAUAUCCUAUAAAACCAUAAAGUACUUCGAUCGCAUUUGACCGAUUUCUUUCUUUUUGGUUUAUCCAGCCAGAUGAUGGCGAGGGGAAGCAGCUUUGGAUCACCUGCAGCAGUGCCCCCCCUCGUACCCGCUCAGGGCUCUCCUUUCCACGGUGUGAUGCCCGGCUCUCCUGCUCUGUCCCACACUAAGGCUCAGAGCCUGGAUUCAGCUCCGGGCAGCCCGCUGUUCCGGUCUCUGAGCCCCUGCCACCCUCCUCUUCAGGGCAGCCCAGCCAGAGCGGCAGACCCGAGCGUCUCCCUGAGCAACGUCCACGUCCCUCUGGAGGCGAUCAGACCCAGUAAGUAAGGAUUAGAAAGAGUGAAAUACUGUAGUUACUCAUUUAAUGGUGUAACAGGUUUAAAUGGUUUUAACUUAUUGAAGGGGACCGAGAUCCAAACCCUGUGGUACUCCACUGUUGAUGUUUGCCAGUUUUAAUCAUAAAGCUGAUGAAUUAUAUCUUUUGAAGUCACGCCCCUGCCUCCUCCUGAUUGGCUGUUCCCACUCUUCCCUCAGGUAAAGUGCUCCCUGUGACGGCCUACGAUAAGGACGGUGUUCGAAUGCUCCUCAACUUCGCCUCCGACUGCCCCCCCGGCAGGCCUGACGUGCUGGUGAUGGUGGUGUCCAUGUUAAAUACAGCGCCUCAGCCUGUUCACAAUGUGGUACUGCAAGCUGCUGUCCCCAAGGUAAACAUAUGAACACAUUUACAGCUCAGGUUAUUCAUGAUUUUUGUCGUUUUGUUUGCUGUUUUGUAAUUUCUCUCAUCCUUCUGAAGUCGAUGAAGGUGAAGCUGCUGCCUCCAUCAGGAACAGAGCUGGCGGCUUUUAACCCCGUCCUCCCCCCGGCCGCCAUCACCCAGAUCAUGUUACUGGCCAACCCGACAAAAGUGAGAAACAAAAGAACGAUAAUCUUGAGUUUCAGUGUGAUUAAAAGACCAAACUGUAAAGGUAAAACUGAGUGCGUCGCUAAAGGUGCGUUCAUGUGUCUUCACAGGAAAAGGUGCGUCUGCGUUACAAGCUCGCCUUCACGCUCGGAGACCGGCUCUGCAACGAGGUGGGAGAAGUGGACCAGUUCCCCCCGCAGGAGAUGUGGGGUCAUCUAUAGCGGCGUGCCGGCCUGAUAACGCACAGCAGGGAUGGAGAGGAUGGUUCUCCAUGAAGGGGUGCGUUUGUUUACCACCACCCCAGAGAGGAGGAGGAGGAGGUGGGAGAAUUCAGCCGCACUCGACCUUACAGCUUCACAUUCCUGAUAGAUGUCGUUUCUUUGCUCUUCCUUUUCCUGGCAGUGAGACGCUUGUUUUAUUUGUUCAGUGCUUGUGUACUUCUCUGCAGAAACACUAAAGACAUACGACAGACGAGCGUUUAUGUUCGCUGGUCUGAGCUGCUGAGAGGAAUAAUCUAACAGAUGGAUCAAAGAUGUUUAUAACAGAUAGAAAGUACAUUCAAGCAGCUUAACAGACUUUUUAAACAAACUAACCUCAAACUUAGAGUCUUAUGAGACAAAUAAGUAAAAAUAUAAGAGUCUUUUUGAAGAAAUUAACCUUUAAAUCACUAUUGGAGUUAAAGAGAGAAUUGUUCUGCUUUAUUUAUUGAACACUGGAAAACCUACUUGACUAGCUGGUGUCUUUAUCAGACACAGUUUUAACGCGCUGAAUCGUCUGUUUUGGACACAGUUUGAAUCGUAUGUAAACCACUGAAAUAUGUCAAAAUGCUUUCUGGCUUGUGCCGACAGGUGGCGCUACUGCAAACACUGGAUAUUGUGCUGUAGAGGGAUUAUGAUCAAACAUGAGAGUCUGGUUAAAUGUAGUCACUGGAUUUUUGAGCAUUAGAAACUUUCUGUGUCAUGAAAGGAAAUCAAACUCUUACGAGCCAAAAGACUUUAGUUCCUUUAAAGUUGCUGUGAUCAGUUUUUAUAAUGAGACAGACUGAUAUUAAUAAGAGGUUUAGGAUUUAAAUACUGUUGGUUUUAAUGGUUGUAGCCGCUGUGACAGCAUACUGAAGAAACAAGGAGGACCUGACUACAGACCCACAACUAACAAAAAAAGAUGGACUUUGCUUGUGUAAGCUAUUUUGUUAUGGUUAGCACAAGGUUCAUUUCAUAACGGUUUUCCCUUAAAGGGAUAUUCUGGCGUGAAAUUAAGUUACACCGAGUUAGACACCCCCUCGAGAGAUGAAUGUUGCCGACCGCUUGCUUCUCUAGUUAUACCAACUUUAGUAACAACCGCACACUAGCAAUACACAGCGGUCUGAGGAGCCAUAAACAAACAACCAAAACACCACUCUAUAGCCACAAAUAAUGCUCAGAACAGCACCUAACUUUAUCAACAGUACACAUAGAGACUAAGCACAACUCACCUACUCUCUUCCAGCAGCUGCUUGUUUGUAGAGAGACCUCAGGCCAAUCCAUUACGGACUACAGCGGGGUGACGCAGCUCAAAGAAGAACAUUUAUGAUCAUUUCUUCAUGGAAAUACAAUCAGACCGAGACGCUAAGGAAGAAGAACUACUGCGUCUGUAGUGAAAAGUUAUUAAUAUGGUGAUUAUUACUUCAAGGAAAUGAUAAAGAAAUGAUCAUAAAUGUUCUUCCUUGAGCUGCGACACCCCGCUGUAGUCCGUAAUGACGGGUGGCUGCUGGAAGAGAGUAGGUGAGUUGUGUUUAGUCUCUUUGCUAAAAGAAAUUGGUCAAAGUUAAAAAGAUGUUUGGUGUCUAGUACUAUGUCUGUGACCCUAAAUUAAUUUUAUGAAUUAGGUGCUGUUCUGAGCAUUAUUUGUGGCUAUAGAGUGGCGUUUUGGUUGAGUGCAUGGCUCUCAAUUACCGCUGAGAUCCAGACGGUCCGAUUCCUAACUGCGCAUGCGCUCACGGAGGAGCCACACUUUCUGUGCAAUCAGGUGCACUUGAAAGAAACGGCCCUUAUGUACAUGUACAACAAUAAAGACUCAUAAUUAGGGGUAAAUUUGAAUGUCAAAUGAAAGCAGGAUGAGAUUGUUUGUCUUAAAGUACUUCCUUCGGCUUGUACAGACCCAAAAAACAACCGCAGCCUCCUGAGUUCUGAAUCCAAGCCAAAUACCAUUUUACCAGAUUAACCUCUAUGGGAGUCUCAGGUGAACUCCUAAAGAAAGCUAACUUCACAUAUUUUAAAUGUAUUUAGACAGUUUGGAAAGCAAUCAGGUGAUAAUUUCAGAAUGAGGCUAAUGUGGGAAAAGUUAUCAGUUAUGUGUAAGAAAUAUUGCGCUGGAAGCUUUACAUUAUUUUUUCACUUGUAUUUAUUAUUUUGACUAGAUUAGUUCAUUUGCAAAGUUGAAUUAUUUUAAGGCAAACCAACUGCACUGAGGAUGUUUUAUUCAACAAAGUUCAGCAGGUUUUAUUUCAUACGAUAGUUAAAUUUAUCGUUAUUUUAAAGGAAAUUACAGGAUUUAAAUCGUUCUAGCUGUUGCUGUCUUUGUCUAAUCUGUAUUUGAAGACCUCCGCUCAUCCACCAGUGUCAGUAUUUGUGCUUUAUUUAUUUUCUGUCAGUAUUUCAGUGCAUCACUGAGCCAACAGAGAAAUCUGAAUUUAAAAUCGUUCGAAAGGGAAGUCCGUGUAACUCGACAGCGUGCAGCGAUGGGAUGAAGUGGAACUGUGAGGAAAUUUCCAUUAGUCAGUCCACCUUAACCUCCGUUCAAUCCCAUCUCUGCUUGUCCUCGACUCGUGGUGAAAUCAGAUGUACAGACGUGUGUGUUAAAUGUAAAUAGUAUAAAGUGUAUUUGUUGUGAGACAAGUUACGUGAACUUGUGAUGUGUAGAUUUGGGGAGAGUGUACAUAUUGUAUGAUGUGUCAUGUGUUUGCUGCAUGAAAAAUAAACCGCUCUUUCAUUGGA